CGUCUCGUCUGCCGCCCCUGCUAGCGUUGACAAGGAACACGGCGGCAGAGUAGCUACCUACUAGCUAGCCUGAUGGCACAGGCGGUGGUGCCGGCGAUGCAGUGCCAGAUGGGCGCGCUGGGCAAGUCGGCCGUCCGUGCCAGGGCCGGCGGAAGGGUGUGGGGCGUCAGGAGGGCCGCCCGCGGCACGGCCGGGUUCAAGGUGCUGGCCCUCGGCCCCGAGACCACCGGGGUGGUGCAGAGGAUGAACCAGCUGCUCGACAUGGACACCACGCCCUUCACCGACAAGAUCAUCGCAGAGUACAUCUGGGUUGGAGGGUCUGGAAUUGACAUCAGAAGCAAAUCAAGGACGAUAUCGAAACCGGUGGAGGACCCUUCCGAGCUACCCAAGUGGAACUACGAUGGAUCGAGCACAGGGCAGGCUCCUGGAGAAGACAGUGAAGUCAUCCUAUACCCACAGGCUAUAUUCAAGGACCCAUUCCGAGGAGGCAACAACAUCAUAGUUAUGUGUGACACGUACACACCACAAGGGGAACCCAUCCCUACCAACAAACGCGCCAGGGCUGCACAAAUUUUCAGUGACCCAAAGGUUUCUUCGCAAGUGCCAUGGUUUGGAAUCGAACAGGAGUACACUUUGAUGCAGAGAGACGUGAACUGGCCUCUUGGCUGGCCUGUUGGAGGGUACCCUGGCCCCCAGGGUCCAUACUACUGCGCCGUGGGAUCAGACAAGUCAUUUGGCCGUGACAUAUCGGAUGCUCACUACAAGGCAUGCCUUUACGCUGGAAUUGAAAUCAGUGGAACAAACGGGGAGGUCAUGCCUGGUCAGUGGGAGUACCAGGUUGGACCUAGUGUGGGUAUUGAUGCUGGAGAUCACAUAUGGGCUUCAAGAUAUCUUCUCGAGAGAAUCACGGAGCAAGCUGGUGUAGUGCUCACUCUGGACCCAAAACCAAUCCAGGGUGACUGGAAUGGAGCUGGCUGCCACACAAAUUACAGCACAAAGAGCAUGCGUGAAGAUGGAGGUUUUGAAGUGAUUAAGAAAGCAAUCCUGAACCUUUCACUUCGUCACGACUUGCACAUCAGUGAAUAUGGUGAAGGAAAUGAACGGAGAUUGACAGGGUUACAUGAGACAGCUAGCAUAUCAGACUUUUCAUGGGGUGUAGCAAACCGCGGUUGCUCUAUUCGGGUGGGGCGAGACACUGAGGCAAAAGGGAAAGGAUACCUGGAGGACCGUCGUCCAGCCUCAAACAUGGACCCAUACACUGUGACUGCCCUACUGGCUGAAACCACGAUUCUCUGGGAGCCGACCCUUGAAGCAGAGGCUCUUGCUGCCAAGAAGCUGGCGAUGAACGUAUGAAGGACUGAAAAGGAUGAAUUUCUGGGAAAAUAAAUCGACAGCGACACUGUUUGCCGUCCAUUCUUCCUGAUCUUGUGGUUCCAUCGGGGCACUGUCUGUACAAAAUUUACAGUUUGUAGAACCACUUUGCCUUUCGCUUGAACUUCACAUUUGAUCUGGGUCUGUAUCUGAUUCCACUUGGAACUACGUUAAAGGAUAAUGAAACACACAGGAUUUUGAUUCAG